CAUUGUUGCUCCGCCUCCACUGGACCAUGCCGACUCACUCGCUGCUGCCGUUGAUGGAGAGCCCAGACGGACUCGCCCAAGAUAUUCUGAUCAGUAACAAUGCGAGCAUCCCCGGGUCUGGCUUCAGCAUGACGCCGCACGCCAUCAGCUCAGAGAAGGCUGCGUAUCAACCUGCAGGAAGCUCGCCGCUGUCCUGCAUGUUCUGUGAGGAGACGUUCACCCAUCAGGACCAGCUCGGACCCCACGUGCUCACCCGGCACCCCACCACCUUCUCCGAACCCACGGUGCUCCGAGUGGAAGCUGAAUUCAGGAUCCCAGGAGAGCGAGCCCGACCCAAACCUGGCAGCCACCCCCCCCAUGAAAAGGAGGAGGUGCACAGCUGCGUUGUGUGCGGCCAGGUGUCGCAAGAUGCCAGCGAGCUGGAGGCUCACAUGAGGAAGCACAAGGACUACUUCACCUACUGCUGUAGCGUCUGCGGCCGGCGCUUUCGAGAGCCGUGGUUCCUGAAGAACCACAUGAAGAUGCACGCCAAGCCUGGAGCCAAGAGCAAGGCCCAGCAGGACCUGGAGAACCCGGCUACGGUCAACGACGUGGUCCAAGACCCGGCCUCAGACCCCGUGGUCACUGCUUACAAAAUGUGCAUGGUGUGUGGGUUUUUCUUCCCCGACCACGACAGCCUGGUCGAACAUAGUAAAGUACACAACAGAGAGAUGGAGCACAGCAGAGAGAAAGACAAGGAAGACGUGGACGCCACUGCUGAGUCCCUCACCGAACAGGAAACAUUUCUUCACAGUCUGAACCUUCGGCCUCAUUCUGCAGGAAAUGGUUUGCGAAACGAGAGAUCAUCAAAAUGGAUUCCCCAGCUGGAUCCCUUCAACACCUACCAGGCCUGGCAGCUGGCUACAAAGGGCAAGAUAGCAGCGGGUCCGAAUAAUACCAAAGACAUCGGCCAGGAAGCCAGCACGGACAACGAGGACUGCAACUCCGAUAAGGAGGAGUUGAAUAGUAUCUGGUCUGAAGGCCAAGGAGACAAGGCUGCGAAGGAGGCGCGGCCUCAGAGUGCAGCGGAGAGCCAAGCGCCACGCCGGAGGUCUCUCAUGCAAAAAGAUAAGGACAAAGAGAGGCCGACCACUUGUGAGGAAUGUCGGAGAACCUUCAGGACGUACCACCAGUUGGUUCUUCACUCCAGGGUGCACAAGCGAGAGCGCGGUGGCGAGGAGAGCCCCACCUCCUCCCUGGAGGGGAAGCUGUCCAGGGGGGGCUCCCUGGACCACGUGGAGGAGGGGUCCGAGGAGGGCGUGGAGGAAGCUGCAUUAACAGGUGAAGACGGGUUCGAUCGAUCAAAGGUCAAAUCUAAAGAGUGCAGUUACUGCGGCAAGUCAUUCCGAUCCAGCUAUUACCUCACAGUUCACCUCAGGACUCACACAGGUGAGAAACCAUUCAAGUGUGUUUACUGUGACUACGCCGCAGCCCAGAAGACGUCGCUGAAAUAUCACCUGGAGCGUCGCCACAAGAACAAACCUGACGCGGAGCUCGCCAGCAGACACGUGCCCUCGGCGCCGUCUCCCUCCGACGGGAACGACGGCGAGAGUCGAUCCAAACUCUGGGUUCCCAGCGCCGCGGCAACACCGGACGACAAAUACGACGGCGUAGUCAGCAAACUGGGCAAACCCCUCGCUCAGCUGAACGCCGAGUACGAGAAAGCGAUCGCAAAGUCUUCUCGCUCGCCGACGGAAGACGUGCUGGUGAGGUGCUCUCUACCCGUCAACAUGAAGACGGAGAGGGAAGAUAUAAAAGAGGAAAACUCUGAGGCCCCGUUAAAUCUGUGCCUGAGAGCGACUCUCUCCAUCCCUGUCGGUGUAGAACCCCGGAACGCAUUAACUCCAAUCACCUGUUCCUUCUGUGCGUACAGAACCAUGUACCCCGAGGUUCUGAUUAUGCACAAGCGGCUGAGUCACAAGGACAAGUCGGACAGCGCCAAGAAGGGCGGGUGUGGAGGCAGCGUGAAACAGAAGCGUUACACGGGCUGCCCCCCCGCGCUCGACGGCAAAGAUGUCGCCCCGCUUCCCGCGAUCGACAGGCGCCACCCCCGUCGAACCAAAUCCCCCCCGCCCCAACCCGCGAAACCGCAGGAGAAGACGCCGCCUGUGAACCCGCCUCCAGCUGUGAAGCGCUCCCCGGUCGUCCCCCCUCCCCUCAGCAGCGUGGUCCCGGAGACUCAGCGUUACCCGCACCCCAGCCAGGAGACCCCCAGGUUCCCCGAGCACAUGAGGAAACCCACCACGGGUGGCAAGUACGUGAUGGAGCGACCGGGCCCCCCCGACCGAGUGGGCAUCGGCGAGAGGAGCUACCCGGUGCGGAGCGAUGCCAUCUGGCACUCGGAGGCCGCCCGGCUGUGUCUCUCCAGCCGAUUCGGGAGCCUCCCCCAGAUGGAUUUUGGCGAAUCUUCCAGCAAGAGACUGAAGUUCUCGGUUCCCAGCGGCCGGGAGGCGGACGCCGGGGAGAAGCCGGGCUUCAGAGCGCCGCUCGGCGGGGACGGAUCCAGCAGAGUGAUCAUCUCAGGGCGAGGUGUGAGAACCAUGGCUCCGCCCACGGCUCCUGAGACGCUGGGUCACGUGAAGAACACGGCGUCGGCCAUGGGAGGAGCUUUGGACGCCGAGUGGAUGAACCUGCUCCGCCCCUACACGCCCAGCGACCUGGCCUCCCUCUACCACAGCUCGGCCGCUAACCCCAACCACGCGGGCCUGACCAACCAGAGGGCAGGCGGCAGAACGGUUCUGUACCAACACUUGCCCACCCUGCCCAUCCUGCAGAGGAGAGACCCCUCCGGCCCGUUCCCUCAGCAACGCUACGGCGCUUCGGACAAAAGUAGCUAA